AUGCUGACCCGACUCUGUUUUGCGGCUUGUCUUGCCGCGGCAGUGGCCCUGCCACUGAAGGCCAAUUCAUCGGACAUCCCAAUGGACUGCGUCGAUGAGUUCACAUUCGGAGUGUUCGGCUGCAACAACACCUACUACCAAUGCAACCAUGGCGCACCCGUCGAGAAGCACUGCCCCGGCAAACUGUUCUUCGACAUCGCUCAAAUGGAAUGUCUCGCCAAAUUUCAAGUGGAUGCCUGCACACUCUUUAGCAAACUGCCCGAUUGCACGGAAGGCGUCAGAUUCGUGAGCAACAGAAAUUGUACUCGCUUCUACGGCCAGUGCUCAAACGGUGUUGCUCACCGCCACUACUGCCCCUACGGACAGGUCUGGGUCCAGGAGGACGAGACUUGCGAUCUGGUGGAACGCGUCCAGGAGUGCAAAAAGUCCUCGCAAAACAAGAUCAGGGGCCGCAAGAUCCAGGGAAGCUACGGCCAGCCCGCGCAAGCUGAGCCCCUGCCAAUCCAGAAGCCCGCUGCCCAGCCCUACCCUCAGCAGCCAGCCCCGCAGGUCAUCCCCCAGAGCCCCCAUCAGCAAGUUGCUGCUCCCGGCUAUGCUCCUCAACAGCCCCAGCUCCCGCAAUCUCCCCCAUCGCAGCCAUCCGCCUACGGCAACUCCAUCGCCCAGGAUGUCCCCGCUGCCCCCAAGAUCGAAUUCGACUGUUCCGACAAGGCUGAUGGCGUCUACGUCCCUGACCGCAACGCCUGCGUGAACACCUUCUUCAAGUGCGCCAACCUCCGCACGUUCAAGUAUGACUGCCCCCAGGGUCUGUGGUACGACAACGAGGAUGACAAGUGCAACUACAAGGAGUACGUGCCGAUGUGCGGAGGAACUCGCCCGCCACCGACCACCCCGGCCCCUGCCCGUGAUGUCCCCACCACCAACUUUGACUGCUCUGGAAAGGCUGAGGGAUCCGUGCACACCGAACAGGAGUGCGGCCCGAACUUCAUCCAUUGCAUCGGUGGAUUCGCCCAGAUGCUGUCCUGCCCCGGAAACCUCGUCUUCGAUAUGCGCCUUGGAGCCUGCGACUACCCCGAGCAGUGCAACGCCCCUCUCCCCCAGUCGAAGCCCCAGAACGACUUUGGCCAUGGUGGAAGCCCGUCUGGACCUUAUGGCCAGGCCCCAGCCCCGCUUGCUCAGUCCCCGCCUCAGGCCCCCAAGUUUGACUGCUCUGCCAAGACCGACGGAUACUAUGAGAUCAGCCGCUGCACCACCGAGUACGCCGCUUGCAACGGACAGAUCGCCACCGUCCUCCAGUGCCCAUCGGGACUCGUCUUCGACAGCCGCCUCUCCCAGUGCGCCUUCAUCGAGCAGUGCAAGGCCCCCAUCCAGCAGCAGGCUCCUCCCCAGUCUGGAGCUUACGGACAGCCCCAGCAGCCACAACAGCCUCUUCCCCAGGCCCCGGCUCAGCCUGUGAAGCAGGCCCCAUACCAACAGCCCCAGCAGCCCCAGCAACCUCUUCCCCAGGCUCCUCCUCAGCAGAGCGGAUACCAGAAGCCAGCCCAGCCCCUGCCCCAGGCCCCUCCUCAGCCCAUCCAACAGAACAGCGGAUACCAGAAGCCCCAGCAACCUCUUCCUCAGGCCCCCGCUCAACCCAUCAAGCAGACCCCCUACCAGCAGCCCCAGCAGCCUCUUCCCCAGGCCCCGGCUCAGCCAGCCCCUAGCGCCUAUGGGCAGACCAUCCAGCAGGACCAGCCCCAGAUGAAGUCCACCAUCAGCUGCGCGAACCUACAAAACGGAGCCUACCCGAUGACCAAAUGCGGCUCUGACUACGUCCAGUGCUGGAACAAGGUCGCCACCUCAUCCGUCUGCCAUGCCGGCCUCGUCUUCAACGCCUUCAACGGCCAGUGCGACUACUCCGUCAACGUCCCAGAGUGCCCUGACUUCCAGCCCCAGGUCCAGCAGGACGCCGUUCCCACCCCUGCCCCUGCCCCUGUCGACCCCUUCUGCGAGCGUCUCGCUGAUGGAACCUACUCCAAGGGAUGCAGCGAGACCUACUACAUCUGCCGUAGCGCCGUCACCACCAAGAUGGGAUGCCCCAGCGGUCUCUUCUUCGACCUUGAGAUGAACAUCUGCAACCACAAGGAGGAGAUCACCGCCUGUGGUGGACGCCCCAGCCAGCCUGCCCAAGAUCAGCCUCAAGCCGGACCUUACGGACAGCCCCAGCAGCCGCAGAAGCCUCUCCCUCAGGCCCCGGCUCAGCCCAUUCAGCAGAACAGCGGAUACCAGCAGAAGCCCCAGCAGCCGCUUCCCCAGGCUCCUCCUCAGCAGAGCGGAUACCAGAAGCCCCAGCAGCCUCUUCCUCAGGCUCCCGCCCAGCCCAUCCAGCAGAACAGCGGAUACCAGCAGAAGCCCCAACAGCCUCUUCCUCAAUCCCCCGUUCAGCAGUCCGGAUACCAGAAGCCAGCUCAGCCCCUGCCCCAGGCCCAGCCCGUGAUCACCCCGAUGCCUCAGGCCAGCUACCAGCGCCCCCAGGCUCAGUCUCAGCCCCAGCCUGCCCAGCAGUUCGAGCAGAAGCCCCUCCCCCAGGUCCAGCAGCCCAAGAUCGACUCGACCUUCCAGAAGAGCCCGGCUCUGGACACCACCAUCGAGCCAUCGUGCCUCGGAAAGCCGGACGGCAUCUACAGCUUCGACAAAUGCACCAUCGAGUUCUACCAGUGCAAGAAGCAGGUGUUCAAGAAGAAGGCGUGCGAGGGUGGACUUUUCUUCAACGCUAUGAACGGCAUGUGCGACCAGAAGGAUCGUGUUGUCGCUUGCGGAGGG